GACAAUAGUGGAUGUCGUCAAAGCUGUUGAAGGCGGUUGUCGGUCGACGCGGUCGCGCGGGAGCGGGGCGUGCUCACUUACCUUACCACUUCCAGUAUCACAUUCUAGUUACCAACCAUCGUACCAUCGAGCUGAUUGGCGACCGUGUGGUGCACCUGUAGAGUCGACAGUGCGCGAUGUUCGGAUGUAGUUGCAUUGUUAUCAGUGAUUAAAUUGGUGGCAAAUCGAUCGCGUGAUGUCUUCCGAGGUGAAAAGCCAUCACCCCAAGGCGCGCCUCUGCCACAUCAAGAAGUGGGACCACUUCGACGGCUACGGCUUCAACCUGCACGCGGAAAAAGGCAAGCCUGGCCAGUACAUCGGCAAGGUGGACGACAACUCGCCCGCAGAAGCGGCCGGCUUGAGGCAAGGCGACCGCAUCUUGGAAGUCAACGGCGAGCCCAUUGCCAACAAGACGCACAAGCAAGUCGUCGAGUUGAUCAAGACGCUGGCCUCCGAGACCAAACUCCUCGUCGUCGACCCACACGACGACGGCAUCAUCCCCACGGAGCCGGACAAAGAAAAGCACAAUGACGUCAACAAAAAAGAACACGAAAACGGAACGCUCAAUUUGAGCAUGACGGCGGCUGAGCUCCGGGCCAAACUCGCCUCCAAGAAGAAGUUCGACCCCAAGAAGGAGUCUAUGGACUUCAAACAGAAGUUCGACAUCGUGCAGAAACUUUAGUGGCCAGUGGACGGUUUACAACCAGUGUUACAUUGAGUGACCUUGGGAAAAUAACGCUCAAAUUCUACUAUUGAGUUUAUACAGGUGUUACAUAAAUAAUAAUAGUGACAUUAAAUGAUGCGGAACUGGACACGCAAUCGUUCCUAAUUCAAAGAAGCACCUCUCAUUUUCCCCUUAUCUACGCAAAAACAACAAACAUCGAUUUAGUUUUGGAAACACAAUCAUUAUCGUGAUUCUAUUAUUAAUUCUAUUGAUUCGCAUAAAGUGACACGAAAUGCAUAAACUCGUCAUAUAAGUCUUUGACUGGUAACCCGUCAAUGCCAAAUAUGCUACGAUAAUACAAAUUACGCUCCAACAAUUGAUUUCAUGAUAUAAUCAACUAAAACAAUACCCGUGAGAACAAUUAGUUUAGUUCAAAUUUAGAAAUAUCUUACUUUUAGUUACUAUGAGAUUACGACUUAUUAGUUAUGUUUUUACCCAGAAAUUUUGUAAAAUAUGUUAUAUAAUCUGUAUAAAAUAAACUUAUAGAAGAA